CGCCGCUGUCGCGUCCUAAGUUCGGGUCGAUGACACAACGACGACCUACUACGUGAUACAAGAUCAUCUCCAUAUUCUUCAAGUUGACUUAUUGAAUCUGAAGCAGCGUCCAGAAGACGUUCUACUGCGGUAGCGUGCGAGUGACAGAUGGCCAUCCGCGCGGUGCUCUUCGACGCGCUCGCCACGCUCGUCGCACCCCGGCUGCCCAUCUACGUGCAGUACUCGCAGACCUUCGAGCCCUACCUCGGCGUACUCGCGCCAGACCUGCUCAAGAAGUCCUUUAAAUCCGCACUGAAGCAGGUCCAGAAGGAGAAGCCCGCAUACCAGAGCGGUGCGGAGGGGUGGUGGGGCGAGGUCAUCAGGCGCACCGCGCUCGGGGCGGGCGCGGACCCCCAAGCUGUCGACCGCUCGCUCGGCGAGAUCGUCCCCCGCCUCCUGCACCGCUUCUCCUCGCGGGAGGGGUACAAGCUGUACGAUGACUCGAUGCCGACGCUGCAACGCCUCCAGUCUACGGGUAUCCGGACGGGCGUGAUCAGCAACACCGAUGCGCGCAUGCGCGCGGUCCUCGACGACCUCGGCGCGACGGCCUACCUCGGCACGAUCCUCCUCAGCUCGGAGGAAAGCAUCGAGAAGCCCGCGCGCGAGAUGUUCCUCCGCGCGUGCGCACGGCUUGGCGUUCAGCCCUCGGAGGCCGUCCACGUCGGCGACGAGCUGCCUGCUGACUACUACGGCGCGAAGGAGGGCGGCCUGGAAGCGCUCCUGGUGCGACGACCAGGCGCUGAGGGAGAGGAUGAGGCAAAGGAGCCGGGCGAGGACCUCAGCGGAGUGGCGGUCGUGUCGGGCCUCGCAGAGGUGGUGGAUUGGGUGCAACGCAGAAAUGCUGCGGCGUGACCUUGCUUCGCAGGUCGCCGGUGUGUUCUCUGUUGCUGAUGACCUCCGUGAGCUUCGUGCUGUGCGUGGCACGCGUUGGUCAUCUUCGCGAUCAUGUACAAGUUAGACUGUGGAUAAUGUAGCGAAUAUGUAGUACAGCGGCGACUGUCUCAUGUUUUUUAUGCGUGGUGGGUCUGAGUACUGCGAGCAGCGUUCACUGGCAUCCUUGACU